GAAAGGUCUGGUCGCAGAGACUGGAACACAUAAUCCUCAGCGUGCUCCCUCACGACAGCAUCCCUGCUUGGCUCGGCAGGGCAGCAAGCCUCCGGGCACCAACCCCUCUGCUCCGCGCAAAAGCCCGAUGAAGUCCUCCGAUAUUGAUCAGGAUUUAUUUACAGACAGUUACUGCAAGGUGUGCAGUGCUCAGCUGAUAUCUGAGUCUCAGCGCGUGGCCCAUUAUGAGAGUCGAAAACAUGCCAGCAAGGUCCGACUGUAUUACAUGCUUCACCCCAGGGAUGGUGGGUGUCCAGCCAAGAGACUCCGAUCAGAAAACGGAAGUGAUGCGGACAUGGUGGAUAAGAAUAAGUGUUGCACUCUUUGUAACAUGUCUUUUACCUCGGCUGUGGUGGCUGACUCCCAUUAUCAAGGCAAAAUCCAUGCCAAAAGGUUAAAACUGUUGCUAGGGGAGAAAACUCCUUUAAAGACCACAGCAGCCCCCCUGACCUCCUUGAAGCCUGCAAGGGUGGACACUGCCCCAGUGGUCACUUCUCCCUAUCAAAGAAGAGAUUCAGACAGAUACUGUGGACUUUGUGCAGCAUGGUUUAAUAAUCCCCUGAUGGCCCAGCAGCAUUAUGAUGGCAAAAAACACAAAAAGAAUGCAGCAAGAGUUGCUCUAUUAGAACAACUGGGGACCACGCUGGAUAUGGGGGAACUAAGAGGUCUGAGGCGCAAUUACAGAUGUACCAUCUGCAGUGUCUCUCUAAACUCAAUAGAACAGUAUCAUGCACAUCUGAAAGGAUCUAAACACCAGACCAACCUGAAGAAUAAGUAGUGAAAACAUCAAUCAAGAGAUGGAAAAAAAAAGUCAGGAUUUCUCUGCUGUGGAGAAUUGCUUGUCCACCACCAGAGGAGGAUUCUUUUUGAACAAUGAACAUUUCUUAUGAGGAUUCACCAAUUAACAUAUAACUAAUCUUCAUUUUGGAGAGUGAAUGAAAUUAUUUCUUUGUUUAUUUAUUUAUUUUUUAAUUUAGUGGUAAGUUACAAUAUUUGGGUGGAUUUUUUAAGUCUUUCCUGAUAAUAUAUCUAGCACAUGUUGUAAAUUAUAAGCCUAUAGGAAACAAUGAAGCAUCAGUCAAUUUAGACAAUGGGGAAAAAGCUCAAUUUCUAAUUUGUUUCAAGUAUUUUCAAGUUAUAAUUAUUCUAUGAAGUUCUUGCUGACUGUGAUGUAAGCCACUUCUGAUUAUGUUUUUCAUCAUGUUGAACCUGAUUGGGUGUAACAUACACAGAGCGACAAAAAAAUCACUCUUAGCAGAAAAUAUAUAAUGGACACAAAUUCUACUCCUUCUCAUUUCACUUUCUGAAUGUGAACCCAUUUUUGUCAUCUAAAUAGUGAGAAUGAAAAGAAUAGAUAAAAGAAGAAUCCUCAUCAGUUUUUUUUCCCAAACUCUCAACAGUUUCUCAAGGUCAAGCCAAAUCCUCAUUACAAGCUGACAAAAUAAUAGCUUAGAAAAAGAAUUAGUUUGCCUGCAUGAUGAUCCUCUUAGGCACAAAUGUCAUAACAGCAGUUGACCUUGAUGAAAUGUUUUCCCAGACGUAACCAAUAGAAGAGUGAGAAACUCCAGAAUGAGAUGGAAGUCGAUGAAUAUUCCAUCUGAAAUUGGCCCAAAAUAUGGGCUUUCAUGUGGGUACUGCUUUGCAAAUAAGUGAAUAAAUUCUAAAGAAAUGAUGGCUAUGAAUACAGUGAGGUCCCCUUUCUCCUCUGUUUCUCACUGAAAUCUUCUUGCUGAGAUAGAUUCAAUCACUUUGCUAUAAGCAUGGGCCAGAACAGCAGUCUGAAAAACUUCCUCUAUGAUGAAGAACAUUUCUGAGCAAAACUCAUCAAGUUCUUUCAGCAGGUUCUGUUCUUCUCCCUCAGGAUCUGGUGUCCAGCAGGCUGGCUACAGAGCCAGACAUUUAACUUCUAUUAUUAUCUCAGUGCCCAACUGGGACCUGGCUGGGGUUGCCCUUUGGACAUUGUGACCACAGGCAAUUGUUAUCUUGGUGUCAAGAUUUUUCUGGGCAUCUGUUUUUUUUUUCUGCCGAGAACUGAGAUGAUUACAACUCAGUGAGCAAUAAAUGAAAUGACUUAGAAAUGCACAGUGUUGUUAUUAAGGUGUUUGAGAUUGGCACCUCUCCCUUGGGGGACCCCACUCAGGAUGUACUCAGGUUGCCAAUCUCUGUGUCUACAAAUGGAAGCAGCCACACCAGCCUUGUGCUCUAGCCUGGGAAGACAGAAUGGCUGGAUGGGAAGCAAUCAAUACUGCUGUUUUUGAAAGCACACCAUAGCACUCCUAUCCCCCAAUGAUGACUUUUCCUUGAAUGUGUAAAAUAAGGCUUUAUUUGUCAUCUCUGCUGUAAAAUAAGCACUUCCCAGGUAAACGAAGAAGAAAGAGAAGGAAAAGGAGGAGGAGGAGGAGGAGGAGGAGGAGGAGGAGGAGGAGGAGGAGGAGGAGGAGGAGGAGGAGGAGAAGGAGAAGGAGAAGGAGAAGAAGAAGAAAAAGAAGUCUUUAUUUCUGCUGUGUUUAGUGAGUUCAUUCUCUCAAGUAUUUUUCUAAUAACCUAAUGUAGAUGAUUCUCUGACUAUAGAUCUCAUUUGCUUUACAGAGGGGAGGCUAAACCCUGUCACAGAUAAGCCUUCCAGGUUUAAUAAGCAGAUUAUUUCAGAGCUCCUCAUUUAAAUGUCAUCGCUUUUGCUUCCUGGCAAACUGUCCAGUCAAAGUGAAUAUACCAUCAAAGGUAUUGCCAAUGCAGAUAAAAGAAAUUACCCUUCCACUGUACCUAGAGGCGACAUUAACUUUAAUCAAGAAGGGUCUAUUAAUAUUCCUUCUGUUGGUAAAGUCUUGAGUGAAAAAGGUUCUACUUGAAAAGCUGUUUAUUGGUGUUCUUGUACUAUUGUUCUUUAUAGUGUUUGUCUAGCUAGGUUCCAUUUUAAUGGAUGUAAAUGAGAUAUAAUACUAUUUUCAGAGUAAAAUUAAUUUUGAUGGAGAGGAAAAAAAGCCAGGCAGACCUUCUGGCUGCAGUGGAGCAGUUCUGGCAGGACUGCCUGAUGAUGGUAGAAGAGAUUCUGGGAAAGACAAGAACAGGUCCAGGUAUUUCCUGUAAUUCUCAGUUCCGGGAAACUAGAGGAGCUGUAUCUAUUUGAUUUGAAAGUGUGACACGAUUCAUAUUAGUGUGAGACUGUUCCAAUGAUUGACAUUUGAGGUACUUUUGUUACCUCAGAGUAUUUAUAGUAAUGUCCAUGAAAUCCAAUGAGUAAUGCCUACUUCAAAGUUUGCUCCACUGAGGGGGGGAAAAGGAUUCAGAAUUAUCAGAGUACGCAUGCCUCAUGGCCUCCUUAAAUAUUACAGGAAAUUUGUGUAGUUAAUAGAAUACUUGCUAAGUGGUGUACAUCAUUGUUGUCUUUUUACAGACAUAAAACACUUCUACAGUCCUGAUAAUGCAGUUUAUUUAUUUUGCAAGGAGCUUUUCUUUUUGAAAAUAGAGGUAAGCUUGGAACUAGCUCCUGUGCCUGUAGCCACAAAAGUUAUGGUCAUGAAAGCCAAAUGAAUGAACUUUCAUUCUAUACAGGCUCUGUAGCCCCAGUGCCCUAGUAAACAUGGCCAUGAAACAAUCUGCUAAGUAGGAAGAUAUACAGUGACCCCCUUGCACUGACAAAAGUAGCAAUAAAAUUCCCAUCUGUGAUUGCUUGACUACAAAAAACAAUAGGAUUUGUUGUUCAUUUGCUUCUUAGAUGACAUAUAAACAUAUAUUGGAACUGUGAGUUUUCUUUUCCCUUCUAGCUUUCUAGUGAAGUGAGUUUAUUAGAAUAGUCAGAACAAGAGUGGAAAACCAUGAGCUAGGUGGAGAAUGUUGAUAUUUCCAUGGGGAAAUUUGAGCCCUGUAGGCAUGUACUACACUUAUAAUGUUGAUUAUUGAGUGAGGUAUUUCUGAAAAUUCACUCUCAGCAAGACUAGUAGAGUACCAAUAAGAAAAUAACAUUUCGAAAUGGUCAGGUAAGAAAGUAACUACCCCCACAGCCAGGGAGGUGGCUAGGUAAGUGGAAUGCAGGGUUUGAAUAUGUGUGGCACUGAACUCAGUCUCCAACAGCUUAUGUGGCAAAGUGGAACAUUGCUCUCUCAAAAUAAAUGAAUUAACUAUUAUAAAAUAAAGUAACUACUAUCAUCUCUACAUUCUAAAUUAAGCAUUCAUUGUCUGUUUAUCCAGAUUGUGAAAAUUAUUGACUGUUGUCCUUUUGUGACAUGAAUAAGAAGAGUUUGACCAAUACAUUACUGUGGGGACAGAAUUUUUGUUUUCCCUUUUCUGCUUCUACUAAUUUAUUCAUAUUGCAGUUAUGCUAAACUACCUCAUAGGUUUGUGAUAUGGAGUAGCUAAUUAAUAAAUGUCAAAUGCUUAAAACUAUAAAUCUCUGUAUAAGUGUUGCUUUAGUAUUCUAGUUUAAAAGACAUGUCAAACUAUCUGAAUAUUUCCUUGUAAUAUUCAUGUUGACAAAUUUAACUUUGAUAUGUUGAUGGGAAAGAAAAGCCUGUGAGUCUCAGCAUGGAUUGGCAGCAUCUCAUUGAAAUCUGGCAAGUAUGACCCCUAAAGAAAAAAAAAAAAGUAAUGAGAGGCUAACCAAAAAAAUGAAUGUUUUCUUAGGUCUUUGAAGCAGGCAUUCUCAAGGGGAAUGAGCCAGCAAGGGUUUAAGAGGGUGUGUGUUAAAUAAUUUUGUAUUGUAAUAAUUAAAAUAUCAAAAAAUGUUGCUGAUUUAUAUUUACAAUUAAUCAGAGUGGAUGUAGAGUUAUGCCUGAUACAAGGGGAUCCUUAAGUCCUUUACAUACUGUGUAAAAGACAGAGAACAGAGUCACACAUUGUCCAUGUAUUUCUGAAAACCCACAAGAGACUGAAUGUACAGUGAACAUCUAUCAGCCUUGCUUUGUCUAUUUCUAGAAAAACUCCAUUCCCCAUUUUUUAAGGUGAUAGCCUAAAGAGAAAGAAACAGAACCGAUAUUUAAUGGGUUCAUAGUAACAUUGACUGGAGGAGGUAGGACAACUAGUUAAUCUUUUUUCUUUCUUCCCCCCCCCCCCCCCGACUUGGCAAAAGAGGUUUCCUGGGAAGGUGAGUGAUCUACCAUGUGUGUCACCCAGUUUGGAGUCUGGCCCCCAUUGCACUGGGGGACACUUCAGAACUGUGCUGUCUUUCCAUCUCGCUUUCUCUUUCUAUCUGAAAAUGUUGGCCCAGAGCGGUGAAGCCUCAACAGUGGCAAAAUAAAUAAAAAUAAUUGUAAUGCUAA